GCUGAUUCGACUGCAUCGGACCUCCCAGAAAGCUCCUUCGAAACGCCCAUAGGGAGGUUGAAGCGAUUGCAGGGGGAAGUGGAGGAGAUGCUGGACUUCGUUUCUUCUUUUCUGGUGGAGGAGAGAGUGCCGGCAUCGGACAGGUUCGAAGUGCAGUUGGCCAGCCACCAAACAGCAGAUAUACGAGAAGAGAAAGGCGAAUCUAAUAAAGCAAAGCACUUGGGAAUCCACCAUGUGCACUAUCACACCCGCCGCCUCCCUCCCGCUGCUCAGGAGGCUCUUUUCUUUGGCUGUGAUCCUUUGUCCCUCAUAGAAGAACUCAAGAAGCUGCGCAUGCAAGUUGCUAGUGUGCUGAGCGAUAAGAGAACAGAGGCGCUCGUGUCGCACGUCGAACCUGUUACUGGCAUGCGUUCUGGAGCAGCCCUACUGCAAAAGCAUCUCGCUGCAGCUACUGCAGAGCUGCGCUGGAAGCUUGCCAGUCAAGGAAGGGAGGCCACAUCGUCCUUCAGUGCUUCGCCAAGGAAUGCUGGGAGUCCAGCGGUAACCAUGACUGCCAUCCCCAGCGAGACGGUUGCCAGUAGACGAGGUGAAGGGCGCAAGACAGCUGCAACCACAGCCUAUGAAGUAUAUUGCGUGCCUUCCCUCUCCCCCAUGGUGGAGCAGAGCCGCAUCACUUCCCUAGAGCGGCGGCUGGCUUUUGUGGAGAACAAAAUAGGCCUCCAGAAGAUGAGUCUGCUUCCACAUGCAGACCUCUUUGAGGCGGCUUUGCUGCUAGAGUUGCAUGCCCUCCAGCAGCGUCGUCACGAGUUAGAUAUGGCUGCGGAGGGUCUAGGGGUCUCUUCCGGUGCUACCAGGAUGGAGCCAGCGAAGGGGAUACCAAGUGGAUCUGCCACUUCGAGUGACUGGCAGCGCAUUGAAGAGUUGUAUGACAUUUGUGAGAGGUGGAAGGCUCCAGCGGCCCUCCUGCCGUCUGUAUUGCAAAGACUCAAGUUGCUCAAGGGGAUUCACCAGGAAGCCGGCGGAGUGGCCGUCCGUCUGUCUGUGUUGGAGAAACAGCAGGAGGAGCUGCAGGCCUGGGUCCGGCGGGCAGACGAUGCCGUCACCCAGUUGCAGAAGACUGUCCUAGACAGCGUUGGGUGGGCGCAAAAAACCGUUGCACAGAUGCAGCAGCGGCUGGCCGCUGAGGAGGCGCCAGGGGAAGCUGACAGUUGA